CUAGCAUAACAAACUUACCAGGCUUAGCCUAGACUACUAUAUUUGCUCAAAUGUUUUAUUUUGACAUUACAGGAAUUUACACAGCAAGCAGAAUGAAGAAUUUUAGAUCUCUUGAGGCACACAUAUUUUUCACUGAUGGAUGGGUGCAGACAAUCUAUCAUAAUAAACCUGAUGAAUCAGAUUGCACCAUCUUUAAGACCCAAGUCAAGCCAUCUUAUAAAGUUACUGAAAAGUGUCACAACACCUGGGUUGCUGUCAGAAGUGACGGGAAUAUCCUUGCCGCCCAUUGUGACUGCAUGGCAGGACUUGGAGAAACCUGCUCACAUGUUGGGGCAGUACUUUUUAAGUUGGAAGCCUGUGUCCGCCUGGGAUACAACAAAGUUGCAUGUACCAGUGUUGCCUGUGCCUGGAAUGGUGUCUCAACCAAAACAAUUGAGCCUGCAAUGAUUAAGGACAUUGAAUUCUACAGUGAGCAAGCCAAAAAAAAAAGAAAUGUUAAAAAAAGAAGACCCAUUCCAAAAGCCUCAGCCGCACAGCAAAAUCAAUUCCUGCAAAUGCUCUGUAACACCAAGGAGCUUCCCAUUGGUCUCAGCUCUUUUAAAAGCUAUGCUGAUGUCUUUGCCCCUAUACCCUGGUACAACAACUUGGAAGGUUUCACGGAAGAGCAGUGUUCUUUUGUGGAAGAAGAGACAAAAGGACAAGCAGCCUGUAAAGCUUGGCAUCGGCAUCGCGUGGGCCGGAUCACAGGUUCAACUGCACAUAGGGUUUUGCACACAUCCCUUGACAGGCCAUCAAAAGCACUAAUUAAUGACAUCUGUAGUUGCUCAUCCAUCGUUCUUGGCGUUCCGUCUUUGCAGUGGGGCAAGGACCAUGAGGUGGAUGCCAUUAAUACCUAUAAAUAUGUUCUCGGUCUGUGCAGUGCUACACCCAACGCGUCACCUUGCAUCAUUGUUUCAGAGGACAUUUCAAAACCCCACAAUAACCUAAAGGUAGACACAGCUGGGUUUAGAAUAUCUCAGGAGAGUGCUGUGGCAAUGGCGUGGUAG